CCCAUUUGAAAACCGCGCUUCAGCCAGUAUCCUACGUGGAGUGCUUCAUUUUAAAGUAUAUAACUAAUUCAUUUAAGCCGAGGGAAUUAAUCACUCAAUUUUUGAUAAGUUAUUAUUUAAGAUUGUCUGUUUGAAUUUUUCUUUCACUGUGUUGAAUGUUAUAGCUUUGAGUCAGUGUGCCGUGGCUAUCUCUUUGAUUUACACUCGCGAGUCGUUUCUUUCUCAACGCAAUGAAAGUUACUUUCAAAACAUUAAUGCAGCAGACGUUUGUUCUUGACUUUCAAGAAGAUGAUCUGGUUGGCGACGUUAAAAAGAAGAUCGAAGCUAAAUGGGGCAGCGAAUUCGAUGCAAAGACUCAGAAACUAAUACACUCAGGCAAGGUGAUGGAAGAUAGUAAAUCGCUAAAAGAUUACAAAGUGACGGAAUCUGGUUUCGUUGUAGUAAUGUCUGUAUCAAAGCCAUCCAAAGAUACAACGAAAGAAGCUAGUGCUUCAGUCCAAAUUAAUCCUACUGGUGAAACAAAGCCAACGACAGACAAAAAGAGCCCCGUAACAGAAGCAAAUGAAGCGCCGAGCAGUAAACCAGACUCAAGUCCUCAAUCUAACUUACCUACAAUUACAACAGCCCCAUCUAGCGCAAUAAAUACUUUGGGUUUUGGAGAGAGUUCCUUAGUUACCGGAGAGAACUUUGAGCGGGUUGUAAAAGAACUAGUGUCCAUGGGUUUCGAGAGAUCACUGGUUAUCCAAGCAAUGCGAGCAGGCUUCAACAACCCAGAUAGAGCAUUUGAAUACCUUUCGUCGGGAAACAUUCCUAAUGUUGACAUUGUUGAUCAGCCACCGCAAAGGGAAGAAAUUGAAAGUGUAUCUCCAGAAGGGCCUGGGGAUACUGAUACCCCAGGCUCUGAGUCUGUUGGCUCAGAAGACCCGAUCGCUGCACUCGCAAGUUUACCCCAGUUUCAACAAAUGAGAGCGCUAGUACAAGCAAAUCCAGAGCUUCUGCCUCAGCUAAUCCAGCAAAUAGGGAAUGAUAAUGCAGAUUUAUUUAGACUCAUUCAAGAAAACGAACAAGCAUUUCUGGAAUUUAUUAAUACCCCAGUCACUGGUACUACUCGACCCGGUGGUCAGCGUCAAACUGUUCUUACUAUGACUGCUGAGGAACGCGCUGCUGUGGACCGUCUAAAGGCAUUAGGGUUCCCGGAGGAGUUGGUUAUCCAAGCAUAUUACGCAUGCGAGAAAAAUGAGGAUGCAGCUGCGAAUUUCCUGCUUAGUGAAAGUUUAGACGAUGAAAUGGUAUGAAGUUUGAUGUAAAUCAUCGUUUAUAAUUGCUAAUACCUUUGUGAUGUUAGUUCUGGUUGGACCGUCACUAACACAUUUUUAACAAAUCCACGUCUAUUUUAUCCUCUGCUUUACAGCGUUAAACUAAUCACUUAUUAUCCACCCAUCCAUUUCCCGUGUUUAUCUUCACCAAUCCACAUUAUUGAAAGAAGUGGUUGAAAAGAAUAUGCUUAUUAAAAAAUUGUACCGAUAGUACUACUCUGUUUAACCAUAUUCAUCAAAGGCUGAAUUUAAUGAACGUGUUCUUUUUUUUUCUGGUGAAGAUCAUUAUUAUGUUUGUCAACGAAGUAUGUGUUUAUAUAAUGUAAACUGUUCUUUACUUUUCUGAUCCGACUGCAUCCAAAUGGUGAUUAACUAGUUAUGUGGGCUAUAAAAAUUCGCACUGAAUCGAAAUACCUGGCGUUCUUGAUUCAAGCAAAUUUGUUAGUUUUUGAGUAAAAAUUAGUUGAAAAAAUUAAGGAUAUCAAGAACAGUUAAAAAUACAUAUAUUAUAAAUAAUGAAUAAAUGUUUUUCGUAUACUUAGCCUACAUGUUUGCAUUUUACUGUUGUAUCAUUGAUGUCCCAAAGGAGGUUUUUAAUUAUAAUCAAUUCAGUUUUCUAUAUUGUAUCGACCGUACAUUAUAACUAGUCAGUUAGUAUGCAUCAAUUACCUGUGUGUUUGCAUCGUUUUCUUUGAUUUGUGAAACCAAGUUAACUGACUCUUCACAGCCGUAUAUAAAAGUUUAAUCAUUGUAGAAAGAAAAUAAACCAGAAUGCUGAGGUUGUCUAUUUUUGUUGGAAAAUUUAUAGAAAUCAGUGACCUAAAACAACUUCAACUAAUUC